AACCCUAGAUCGGCCUCUUUCCUCACUCAUCUUCUCCGACUCCUCUGCCCGACCUUUUUCAGAGGAUCCGAAAAAUGCCGUUCAAGAGAUACGUUGAGAUCGGACGAGUGGCUCUCGUCAACUACGGGAAAGACUACGGCAGGCUCGUCGUGAUCGUCGAUGUCCUCGACCAAAACAGGGCUCUUGUUGAUGCCCCUGACAUGGUGAGGACCCAAUUGAAUUUCAAGAGGCUUACACUCACUGAUAUUACCAUUGACAUCAAAAGGGUUCCUAAGAAGAAGACUCUGCUUGCUGCCAUGGAGGCUGCUGACGUAAAGAACAAAUGGGAAAACAGCUCGUGGGGCAGGAAGCUGAUAGUGCAGAAGAGAAGAGCUGCACUAAAUGACUUUGAUAGGUUUAAGCUCAUGUUGGCAAAGAUCAAGAGGGCGGGAAUCAUCAGGCAGGAGCUAACGAAACUCAAAAAGGAGAGUGCAGCCUGACUCUUGAAUCUGUACUCUUUUAGUUUUUGCAGUCUCUUUAUGUUUUGAUUCGUAGUGGUGGCAGUAACUUGAUAUUUGGUUAGGUUAUUAUGAGUGGGAACCAGCCACAAGUGAUUAUCUCUAUAAACCUUGUAUGGAUUUUCUUUGAAAUGAAAUGGAGCCAAGGAACUUUCCUUCUCAAUUUUAUCAAUAUCAUGUUGAAUCAUAUAUUUGUGGGCAA